CAGCAGCAGCAGCAGCGGCGGCGGCGUCUUCUUCUCCGUGGAAGCUAAACAAUGAGUCCCGCUACAGACCGGAGCUUUGGACGCCACUAGAAUGCGUUACAGCGUCACCGAGACCUGCUCUCUGCUUCUCUCUCCGCCUCUCGCCUAGAUGUGCCGACUGUAAACAUGUGGAUACCCACGGAGCAGGAGAAAUACGGCGUCGUGCUCGCCAGUUUCCGAGGGACUGUUCAGCACGGACUCCCACUGGAGAUCGGAGACACCGUGCAGAUCCUGGAGAAAUGUGAAGGCUGGUAUCGUGGAUUCAUCUUGAAGAAUCCAAAUGUCAAGGGGAUCUUUCCGUCCAGCUACAUCCACUUAAAGAAUGCUGAUGUCAAAAAUAAAGGGCAAUUUGAAACAGUGCUCCCGGUGGAGGAUUCUGUUAUUACAGAGAUGACGUCAACUCUACGAGACUGGGGCGCCAUGUGGAAGCAGCUCUAUGUGAAGAAUGAGGGCGACUUGUUCCACCGACUGUGGCACGUGAUGAACGAGAUUCUGGACCUGCGGCGGCAGGUUCUGGUGGGUCACUUGACACAUGACCGCAUGCGGGACGUCAAACAGCACAUCACGGCCCGGCUGGACUGGGGCAACGAACAACUGGGCUUGGACCUGGUUCCGAGACAAGAGUUCAGCAUGGUGGACCCGGAUGAAAUCAGCGUCACAGAACUCUACAGACUGAUGGAGCACCGACAUCGGAAGAAGGAGACGUCAACGACGGCCAGCACUCAUCACCUGUUUGUCCACGUCAAGAGCCUGAUGAGCGCCAACCUGGGGGAGGAGCUGGAGGUUUUCUUCCACAUCUACGACGGGCGAGAAAAUCGGCCGCUGAGUGAAAGGUUCUUUGUGCGGCUGAAUAAGAGCGGACUGCCCAAGUCGCCAGAGAAGACAGAGAGACAGUGCACGCUGUUUGUGGAUUUGGGGAGCAGUGAUCUCAGAAAAGACGUCUAUAUCGUCGUCCACCUCAUCAGAAUAGGGAGGAUGGGUGCUGGAGAGAAGAAGAACCUUUGCAGCGUCCAGUAUCGACGCCCAUUUGGCUGCGCUAUUGUUAGCAUCGCGGAUCUCCUGACGGCAGACUCCAAAGAUGACCACGUGCUCAAAGUUUAUGCGUGCAAUACGGAGAGUGACUGGAACCAAAUUCACGAGAACAUCAUUAAAAAGGCCAAUUCAAGAUAUAACCUAUCUGGAUCCAACACAGGACUAGCGGUUGCGAUGCAGCUCCUCCACGGUGACAUUGAACAGCUGCGACGGGAGUACAUGGUCCUCUUCACGCGUGGCGUGUCCAUAACCCGGAAAUUGGGCUUCUCAGAUGUCAUCAUGCCAGGAGAGAUGAGAAACGAUCUGUAUGUCACUUUGGAAAAGGGAGAGUUCGAUAAGGGUGGGAAGAGCGUGGCCCGGAAUGUUGAGAUCACCGUCUACGUGCUGGACAUCGAUGGACAAGUGCUCAAGGGUCACGUUGCCGCUGGCUCGGGUGAACCAGGAAGUGACGAGUACCAUUCCCUGGUUCUGUACCACAACAACAGUCCCCGGUGGGCGGAGCAGAUCAAGCUGCCGAUUCCCGUGGAUAUGUUUCGAGGCUCUCACGUGCGCUUCGAAUUCCGGCAUUGUUCAACCAAAGACAAGGGUGAGAAGAAACUGUUCGGCUACUCCUUUGUUCCUCUGAUGCAGGAAGACGGCAGGACGCUGCCAGAUGGCAACCACGAGCUCAUUAUUCACAAGUGUGAGGAAAACACCAACUUGGCGGACUGUUCACGAUACCUGAAGCUCCCCUUCUCCAAGGCCAACGUCCCGUCCAACAACCAGACGCUCAAAGGCACCAAGGAGUCCUUCUGGAUCACCAGUUUCCUGUGCUCCACCAAACUCACACAGAAUGGCGACAUGUUGGACCUGCUGAAGUGGCGAGCACAUCCUGAGCGGAUCAACGACAGCCUCUCCAAGCUGAAGGAGAUUGAUGGUUCUGAGAUUGUCAAAUUCCUGCAGGACACUCUGGACACUCUGUUUGGAAUUCUGGAUGAGAGCUCACAGCGCUAUGGACUCAAAGUUUUUGACUCUCUGGUUCACAUCAUUAACCUCUUACAGGACAGCAAGUUCCAGCACUUCAAGCCGGUCAUGGACACUUAUAUUGAGAGCCACUUUGCUGGGGCUCUGUCAUACAGGGACCUAAUCAAAGUGCUGAAGUGGUACGUGGAUCGGAUUGUUGAUGCUGAGCAUCAGGAUCACAUCCAGCAGGUGCUCAAGGCGAGCGAGUACAUCUUCAAGUACAUCAUCCAGUCGCGCCGCCUCUUCUCUUUGGCCACCGGCGGUCAGAGCGAAGACGAGUUCCGGGUCUGCAUCCACGAGCUCUUCAUGUCCAUCCGCUUCUUCCUGUCGCAGGAGAACAAAGGCAUCACCGCCGUCGCACAAACACAGGCCGUGUUCUUGCAGACGUUCCCGGCUGUGUACGGCGAGCUGCUGAAGAUCUUCACGGUGCGCGAGGUGGCAGGCUUUGUCAGGGAGACGCUGGGUAGUCUCCCGGCUACCGUCCAGCCUGACUGCCCCCUGGAGGCUGUCAAGCUGCAGUGUAUCGCCAAGACUGUGGAGAGUCAGCUGUACAUCAACCCAGAGUCUCGCUGUAUCCUGCUGCCGGUGGUCCUGAGGGUCCUGCAGGCCCACAUGCAGGAGCAGAGGGACCAGGUCAUGUGUGCCCGGAUCCUCACCAGCAUGCUGUCGCUCAUCAAGAAGGAGGAGAACGGAACGGCGGAGCCACUGGUGUCGGAGGAGGUGGAGUUGAUUGUGGAGAGUCUGCUGGGGGUUUUGUUGCGGACCAUUUUGGAAAUCAGCAACCGUCCGCAGCCAGCUGGACCCAACAUGAGGCUGCAGUUCCAGGACGUCACGGGCGAGUUUGUGUCAUGCCUGCUGGCUCUGCUGCGUCAGAUGAGCGACCGUCACUAUCAGCAGCUGCUGCAGGCCUUCUCCAACAAAGACGACCUGCGGGAUUUCCUGCUCCAGAUCUUCACUGUCUUCAGGAUCUUGAUCAGACCAGAGAUGUUCCCCAAAGACUGGACCGUCAUGAGACUCGUCACCAACAACGUCAUCAUCACCACCGUCCUCUACCUCUCUGAAGCACUGAGGAAGAACUUCCUCAAUGAUAAGUUUGACUAUAAGGUGUGGGACUCGUACUUCUACCUGUCCGUCAUCUUCAUUAACCAGCCGUGUCUCCAACUGGAGUUCUUCUCUCCGUCCAAGAGGAAGAAGAUUCUGGAAAAGUAUGGAGACAUGAGGGUGAUGAUGGGAUGCGAGAUCUUCAGUAUGUGGCAGAACCUUGGUGAACACAAGCUGAAUUUCAUCCCGGCCAUGAUUGGGCCGUUCCUGGAGGUGACGCUGGUUCCGCAGCCCGACUUGCGGAAUGUGAUGAUCCCAAUUUUCCACGACAUGAUGGACUGGGAACAGCGGCGCAGUGGGAACUUCAAACAGGUGGAGGCCAAGUUGAUCGACAAGCUGGACAGUCUCAUGUCAGAGGGCAAAGGGGACGAGACGUACAGGGAGCUCUUCAACAGCAUAAUUCCUCUGUUUGGUCCGUACCCUAGUCUUCUCAAGAAGAUCGAGAGAGAAACGUGGCGGGAAAGUGGAAUCUCGCUCAUUGCCACCGUCACCCGGCUGAUGGAGCGCCUGCUGGACUACAGGGACUGUAUGAAGAUCGGAGAAGUGGACGGGAAGAAGAUCGGCUGCACCGUCAGUUUACUGAACUUCUACAAGACGGAGCUGAACAAAGAAGAGAUGUACAUCCGCUACAUCCACAAACUCUACGACCUUCACCUGAAAGCACAGAACUACACAGAGGCGUCGUACACGCUGCUGCUCUACGAUGAGCUGCUGGAGUGGUCGGACCGACCCCUGCGAGAGUUCCUCAACUACCCCAUGCAGAGCGAGUGGCAGCGCAAAGAGUUCCUGCACCUGACCAUUGUCCAGAAUUUUGACCGUGGCAAGUGCUGGGAGAACGGCAUCAUCCUCUGUAGGGAGCUCGCCGACCAGUACGAGUCCUACUAUGACUACAGGAACCUCAGCAAGAUGAGAAUGAUGGAGGCGUCACUCUAUGACAAGAUUAUGGACCAGCAGCGGCUGGAGCCGGAAUUCUUUAGAGUCGGAUUCUAUGGCAAGAAGUUUCCCUUUUUCCUUCGCAAUAAAGAGUUUGUGUGCCGGGGUCACGACUACGAGCGACUGGAGGCUUUCCAGCAGCGAAUGCUCAGCGAGUUUCCUCAUGCCAUCGCCAUGCAGCAUGUCAACCAGCCUGACCAGACCAUCUACCAGGCUGAGGCCCAGUACCUGCAGAUCUAUGCGGUGACCCCGAUCCCUGAGAGCCAAGAUGUCCUGCAGAGAGAUGGAGUCCCGGACAACAUCAAGAGCUUCUAUAAGUUUAACCACAUCUGGCGAUUCAGAUACGACCGGCCCUUCCACAAGGGCAGCAAGGACAAGGAGAAUGAGUUCAAGAGUCUGUGGGUGGAGAGGACCACUCUGACUCUUGUCCAGAGUCUCCCAGGAAUAUCACGAUGGUUUGAGGUGGAGAAACGCGACCUGGUGGAGGUGAGCCCACUAGAAAACGCCACCGAGGUGAUGGAGAACAAGAACCUGCAGCUGAGGACCCUGAUCACUCAGUGUCAGAACCGACAGAUGCAGAACAUCAACCCGCUCACCAUGUGUCUCAAUGGAGUCAUUGAUGCUGCCGUCAAUGGAGGACUGGCCAGAUACCAGGAGGCUUUCUUUGUGAAGGAUUAUAUUGUGAACCAUCCGGAGGAUGGGGAGAAGAUUGGCCGACUGAGGGAGCUCAUGUUUGAGCAGGCACACAUUCUGGAGUACGGUCUGGCCGUGCACGAGAAGUUCGUUCCUCAGGACAUGAGGCCGCUGCACAAGAAGCUGGUGGACCAGUUCCACCUGAUGAAGUCCAGUCUGGGCAUCCAGGAGUUCCCAGCAUACGUGCGUGCAAGCCCUGUGCACUUCACCAACGGGAGCCCAAGAGCAUGCCGGAACUCUGUGCCGAACAUCAUCAGUCCUGACGCAGGUCGCGGGGUCACUCGGCGCAGUCUCCUCAGCUAUCCUGCAGUGAACCGCUACUCGUCGUCUUCGCUCUCGUCUCAGGCAUCUAACGAAGUCAGUAACAUCACGGGACAGUCGGAGAGUUCGGACGAAGUCUUCAACAUGCAGCCCAGUCCGUCUACCUCGAGCCUCAGCUCCAACCAUUCUGCCUCGCCCAACGUCACCAGCUCCGCUCCAUCCAGUGCCAGAGGGUCACCUCAGAUGGCGGAGAAACACAAACAUUCCAGAGAGAACGCCUGCCUAUCGCCCAGAGAGCGGCCCGUCAGCGCCAUCUUUCCCAACCCUCUGGACCCCACGCAGCGAGCUGCUCCUCAUCAGAUUGGAGACACAACUCUACCUAGGAGCGACCCAAAUCUCUCGGCGCCAGACAAAGUGCGCCUCGCCCCAAGUAGCUGGAGUCUUGACAGCGUCAAACCAUCAGACUCUGUCGGGAAGUUGCUCUGCCCUCCCAUCCCACCACGACCGCCACACUCAGCAGGAUCCUCGGCCCGAAACAUGAGGUCGCAGUCGCCUGUCCCCUUGUCCAGGUCUCCUCAGAAGGCCAUGGUGCCGCCGUUCACGCCGUCGCCCACAGAGUGCCAGUCUACUGGUCUGGUCAGCAGCUCUCCCGUUUUGUCUGGCAGCUACAGCAGCGGCAUCUCAUCCCUGAGUCGCUGCAGCGUCUCCGAGGCCUCAGGGACAGAGUUUCCAACCGCCGACCACCCACUGCCUCCCCCCACCACCCUGCCCAUCUCCGUCUCCAGCAGCUCCGAUGAACCCAUCCGCCGGGAGAACAAGACGCCGCCACCGUACAGCGUCUAUGAGCGGAACAACCCGCGUCGCCCAGUGCUGCUGCCCCACAGCCUCUCCAUCCCGCCUCAGUCGGACCCCCCGGCGCUCCCGCCCAAACCUCACCAGCUCCGCACUGGCAGUAUGAAGCUCGAAGGGACCUCUGACCCUCGAGUGCCCAGACCGCGCCCUCUCCCCAGGAAGGUGUCCCAGCUAUAGGUUCUGGUCUGCACUGUGGCUUUCUUUGCACUUUUCUACCGGGAGUUUUUUUUUUCUUUUUGUUUGUUUUUUUUUAAUCCAGACCAGAACAUCAGCUGGUAUCUUCUAGAGACUUCUCCGCACUUUUAGCUCGAGCAGCUACGUAUGGCAGGUCACCAGGUCAGUCCCGACUUUUGUUUACACUCUUGCAAACACGCGGUUUUGAUAGAUGUAAUAAUCUCUAAUAUGUACAUUAGUUUAUAUACCAGAAUUGUUUUUGCCUUAAGUAUUGGAAACAGAGUCUUUUAUCGGUGAUUCUUGCACGUCUUUUUCUAUGAUUUUAAAGAGAUUUGUACACUGUAUUACUUAGGUGCUAGAAGGAGGGUUGUGCUAAGGGCAUGUUCUCGUCGUUAUAUCGUCACAUGCAACAUGGUACAGUUGCACCCGCGAGUCCACCAGACACAAGCUGCCGUCGUAUUCUCAAAUCCUACUGUGUUCAUACGUGUCGUGCUCUGUAUUUGGAUGUUAGCAUUCCUUUGAUGAAGACAAGCGUACUCCCACAAUAUGAACAACUCUGUGUCCACAUGAAGAGAAAUGCUUUCGUAUCAGUUCACGUUCUUACCCUUCCGUUUGGCCAUGAACAGUAACAUCGCACAGUCCAACAUCCUAGAGCGGGUUGCUAGCAUCCGUCUCAAAUGUUGGGAGCUAAGUCGGGCUCCGAAAUGUGCUGUUGUUCAUGAGCUGGAGAAACAACUUAGGCGAACGAUUUAUUGAGCCCUCACUUGAAGGCACAAACGGAGUGAUGCGGCAACCGCACCACGAAAAACAGUCUGGCACAGGGUGCGGGAUUCUCGCUAAUAGCACACACACACACCCACUUUGAUUUUAGGUCUUAACCGCUUAUGAAUGCGAUAAGUUCAACAUUACGUUUAAUUUCGAAUAACAAAAAAAAAAGACAUCCAUUUUGAAACUCCAAACUUCCUGUUUUACUGUUACAUAUCUGUUGUCACUGGCCAGGGAGACGUAUGCUUGCAUUUAGUUUAAAGAUGAACUCAGUGGAACAAUCGGAACAUCCAUCUUGUUAUUUCAGUUAUAAAUCACCUUUGAUAGAAAACGUUUCCGAUUUUAACGGUCAUUUUCGUUAAAAAAAAAAAAAAAAACAUUGCGCACAAACAAACCGAUGAGGACCAAACACUUGUGUACCGUUGCCGAGUUAAAAACACGACUUUUUAUUCCUGCAUGACGCAACUAUAUUCUGAUGAUUCUGAUUAUUGUGCCAAAGGAAAUAGCUUAUCCAACGGGACCAUAAAACGCUGAAAGUCAUUAUUGGUAUUAUUCAGCUGUGUAACGUUAACGCUUGAGGAAAAAAAAAAAGUGACAUUCUUUUUUAUUUGUUUUCACAUCAUCAUCAAAAGGAUAAGUAGUAUUUAUCGUAAUAAAAGUUGAGUACUUUGGUGCAAUGUGUAGAUAUAUUCAUGUGAUGUGCUAAUAAUAGCUAGUCACUAAAUCUGAGCAGCAUCAGUUUAAAUGUUCAAGUCUUUUGUCUGAUAGGUCAUUAUUUAUUGAGUAGAAUGUUUGUCGUCUUCUGAACGCUGAGCUUUUCUGAGACAAAGCUGACUUGAGUUCUCCGCUAAUUUUACGUCAUUCUGCUUCAAUGCAUCAAUCAAUGUUUUUACUUUUUAUCGGAAAACCAUUUUAGUCAAAUUCUACGAAAAACUGAAAGAAAGAAAUUGGAAUCACUGUUGUAGUUACAUUUGCUAAUGACUUGAAGUCCAUUGGAAACAGCCUUUUCAUGUGAGGCAUUGGUAUUUAUUAUAAAUGUAGCCUUUUUUUAAACAUGAAAUUAUCUUCAAAGUUGAAUUAUGUUUGUCACCUGAGAAGUUGCUGAUUCAGAACAACUUCUUACUAUUAAAGGGAUAAAUGAAAUACUGGAAAACCAACGUUGAAAAGGUCAUGAUACAAAACCAAAAUGACAAAAGAAAAACUUUUAGAAUUAAUGGGUUGUCAUGAUAUUUGAGACAUCACACAUGAUACUACUAAUAUUUCAGUAGUUGAUACCAAUACCAGCAAUUUCCCACAAUUAGUGAAGCUGAUUCGACAAAAAAACAAACGUACUUCAAGUUCACUGUUUUAUUAAAAUGUUCCUAAUUGACAAAGUGUCUUCAGUUUUUACUUGUACUUUGCCAGUAGAAACCUAAAACACAGGAUUUUGGGAGCUUUUUUUAUUUUUAUUUUUAGGAAAAAAACAAGGCCAGUGCUUUCUUCAGCCCAGAUAUUUCAAUGUGCACAUAUACGCGUAUAAUGUUGCCAUGAAGAAUCUAGACAAGUAAUGCCAAAGUAUUGGUUCUGGGGACAAUCCUUAUGUCUGCAUCUGCUGAAAUACUGUACUCAUCAGCUAACAAUAAGAAUUAUCACCGCAACUUCCUGAUGUAGUACAUUUGCUUCUUUCCUUUUUUUAGUUUAUAGAAUGAUUGUCAGAACCACGUUGUUCUUGGAACCAUCCUCCACAUAGAGACGGGGAUUGGUGAUGUCACCGCCGCAUUACAGGAGCGCUGGCACACAAAACAAACCUAUGAUAGUGAGCGAGGAGGCAGCAGUGUUUAUGUUCUCUGUAUUACGGGAUUCUGUCUCCCAGUUCUGCAAAGCAUUAAACAGAAAAAAGGCAAUUCAUCCCGUAGUAGUACUCCUCUCUAAGGUAGUUUUUUUUUACAUGUUUGGGAACACACUCAUAGUGUUAAUUACAAACCUUCUGUUUUUGUUUUUUCACAGUCUGCAACCUACAGUUCAGUUCCUUUUUUUCCCUCAAGCGCUCACGUUGCACUUCGCUCAGUGAGAUUGAAACUCUAGAAAAGCACAGUCAAUUGACACAUUUUAUUGUAACUUCAAUGACAUGCGGGACCGAGCUGCACUGGUAAAGCAACAGAGUUGUGACGCGAGCUUAUUCGAGCGUUUUGUACAAUAGAGGUGAGAUGUUUGAUUUUCUAAAGAUGGCUGGGGUGGGCGGGGCUUAGCUUUAGAGUCCUUUGUAUGUUUCAUAUUGUUGAUUUGUGGUGCGAUGAAGAAGAAUCAGAUGUAAAUGAGAUUAAAUGUAAUUAUGCCAAAUAUUGAAGGUUUGUGUAUUCGACUGAUGUAAAUAUGUUUUUAUCGGGAAGAUGAAAAAUAAUAUGUAGCUAUAACGAUUUACAGCUUUGAAUGUAAUGUUGAAGCCGCAGAUUAUUACGUUUAUGUUUUUUUUUGUGUGUAGAGAAGAAAACAGGAGGAUCAGGAGUCGUACCUGAUGCGAUUAACACAUUUACGAAGUCAAUAAACUGCCCGAUGAAACACGACCGGCCUGAUGAGUCAUUUUUGUUAUGACAAAGUUGUGGGUAUGAAAAUAUAGCAAAGUUAUUUUUAAUAAUCCUUUUCCUCGUGCCAGGCACGCACAGAUGAACAAACAUUGACUUGCGUAAUUGUACCUACAUAGUUCCUCACCUCAGUACGUUUGUGAAUGUGUGAGGAUCUAGACAGAAUACCACUCCCUUUAUUGUAUGGUGGCAGCCUGCCGAGUCAGAACAGUGCCUUUUCAGACUUCAUUGGAUCUGACCGCUGUCCUUUAAAACUGUGCCGUUUCAAGGACAGCUGCAGAGAAGUUAUAAAUCCACUUGGCUUGAAGGAAUGGGAGGUGUGGUGUGUGUGAAACGUGCCAUUUGCUUGUGUCUCAUUCCGAUUGAAUGGGAG